GUUAUUUUGGAUGGGAAAAAAAAAAAAUUUCCAAUUUUUGACCUGAAAAUGGUGGAAAAGUGAGAAUGAAGAAAAUGAAGGGCACGACCACCAUGGGUCUACACUGAGAGAUUGAAGCGCAAAAAAAAAAAAAAAAAAAAAAAACUUCUAGAAGGAAUCAACCACUUUUUGGUUUUUCGCACUUUUUUUUUUUUUUUUUUGGGCGACUCUCUUCUCUUUUCUUUUCUCUCCUACACAGUCUCUCUCUCUCUUUCUCUCUCUCUCUCUCUCUCUCUCUCUCUGUUCAUCAAUUUGAAACACCGACUCUGAAACGAAACAACCCAAACCUUCAAAUCGAUUCUCCGAAACACCGACUCUGAAACGAACCAACCCAAACCUUCAAAACAGAAAGACAGAAGGGGGAAAAAAAAAAAAAGAAAAGAAAAGAAAACGACAUGUCGUUCUCAUUCUUCAAGCCGUCGAGGCCUAAAACCCCACAAGACGUGGCCAAGGCAAUCAAGGACAGCCUCGUCGCCCUCGACACCAAGACCGUCGUUGAAGUUAAAGCCCUCGAGAAGGCUCUAGAAGAAGUUGAAAAGAAUUUUGUGACAAUGAGGUGUAUGCUGGUGGGAGAUGGGGAGGUUGAACCCGUACCCGAACAAGUUUCACAGCUUGCUCUAGAAGUAUGUAAAGAGGAUGUUAUUACUCUAAUAGUUCACAAGAUGGCUAUUUUAGGAUGGGAAGCAAGAAAAGACUUGGUUCACUGUUGGUCCAUAUUGUUGAAGCAAAAGAUUGGCUCUACUUAUUGCUGUGUAGAAUACAUCGAGAACCAUCUUGAGUUGCUCGACUUUCUUGUCGUUUGCUAUGAUAACAAGGAGAUUGCACUGAACUGUGGAAAUAUGCUGAGGGAAUGUAUUAAAUUUUCAACACUUGCAAAAUACAUAUUGGAGUCUACAAGCUUUGAGUUGUUUUUUAAAUUUGUGGAAUUGCCUAACUUUGAUGUUGCUCCUGAUGCAUUUUCCACCUUUAAGGACUUGCUUACUAAACAUGAAACAUUGGUCUCUGAGUAUUUGACCUCACAUUAUGAUGAGUUCUUUGAUCUAUAUGAAAAACUCUUGACAUCUCCUAAUUAUGUAACAAGAAGGCAAUCUUUGAAGCUUCUCUCGGAAUUCCUGUUGGAGUCCUCAAAUUCCCACAUAAUGAAGCGUUACAUUGUAGAAGUCCGGUACUUGAAAGUCAUGAUGACAUUGCUUAAGGACUCCAGCAAAAAUAUCCAGAUCUCUGCUUUCCACAUUUUUAAGGUUUUUGUUGCUAAUCCUAACAAACCACGAGAAAUAAAGGUCAUUCUGGCCAAAAACCAUGAAAAAUUGCUGGAACUGCUUCACAAUCUAUCUGCUGGGAAAGGUGCUGCUGAAGAUGAUCAAUUUGAAGAGGAGAAAGAGCUGAUCAUGAAGGAAAUCGAAAGAGUUGCUCGAACUUGCCGUCUUGAAUGCUAAGUCGUGUGGCCAAUUAGUUUCAUUUGUGAUGUGAUCCUGCAUUUUGACUUUCGAUGGUUUAUAUGAUCUUCUGACAAAAAACUUGUUUGCCAAGGAAGAAAAAGAAUGUGUUUGCAGUUGAGGAGUGUAUUGCAGUAAUAGGUGAGGAUGGUGUUUUGUAUGCCUUUGUAAUAUUGUGCAAUAAAAUAAUAUUAUUUAGUAAAUAUUUGUCUUGCAAGUUUUGUAACCAAAUAUAAAAUAUUUGUUGAUUAUUUCCUUUUUGGGUUUUGUAAGGACAUGAACAAAGGAUAUCACUAAAUUCAGAUUGGAGUAUUGUUCAUAACUCUGCCGUGGAAUGUGAUUAGGUUGCUGCCUUAAAGUAGUCCGUGUGAA